GCCAUUUCAUGAUCAGGCUGCGUCUUGCCAAGCAACGGCCCCAACCGACGUCCCUUCCAACUCUCCCUCCACAUUCAUCUUCCCUCCUUCAUCUCUUCCGUCGGCCUGUCUCUGGGUGUCUAAUUACUGUCUGUUCCCCCUUUGCUCAAAUCCCUCGGCGUGGACCACGCGGACCGAUACCUCACGCGAUAAUAGCUACCGACAAGCAUUUGAUCCUGCUUUACUCGAACUAUCCUACCGUAAUUACUGGCCUAGUCACCCCAGACGGCCCGCCAUGUCCGGCCUCGAAGGCAUCGCGGGCCUGAGCCUCGCCUGCAACGUCAUGCAGCUCAUCAGAUUCGGCCACGAGGCCAUCUCGAUGUGUAGACGUGUCUACGAGAGCGGUUCGCCGGAACCUAGUCUCUCAGAACACGCCGAGAGUCUCAAAGCCGUCUGCGAUAGUUUGGAGAAGUCUUUGGAUAAACGACCGAUCCUUGCUGCCGCUGCCGCUGCCGCUCCGACUGCCGCCACCAUCAGAGCACCGACAAUGGAGAAGCGAAUUCUCGAACUUACCGCGAAAUGUAUCAAGAAUGCCCGAGACUUGGAGGAGGAGAUGAAGUUUCUGUCUCCUAAUCCGUCAGGCAAACUUGGAGCAUUAGUCGCGGCGCCCAAGAUAUUGUGGAGGAAGAGGAGACUUGAGCGACUCAAAGGGGAUCUGGAUGACGCGCAGAGACUCAUUGAUACGUCGAUUCUCGAGCGUCUGUUGGCCAGAGCAGAGGCUCUCUACAAAAUGAACGAGAAGGGUUUCCUGGAUCUGAGUCAAGAGCUCAAACAAUUCAUUACAGAUUAUGCGAAAUCUGGUAGCAUCCUUCGAACUGUCGUUGAGACACACACGAAGCAGAUCCAAGACCAUGUCACCGCGGAAUCCUCGAAGACGCAGGAUGCAAUCAAGUCACACGUGUCCCUCAAACUCUCUAGUCAUGAGAUUUCUAUCAAGAAUCAUGUUUCAUCGUCUGCCCAGGAUGUUCAGCACGCCCUUUCACAGAGGAUGACGUCCAGAGAGGACUCAAAGGCCAACGAAUCUUCUGAUGUUCACACGACGAGCAUUCAGUCAGGAGAGUCAGUUGAGCCGUUGGGCAACUCAAGAACCUCAACUCGUUCUCUUCGACCAACUGAACCUCGGCCUUGGGACAGUUUGGUCGACUGGUUGAAAGAUGACACUCGUAAAGUUUACUGGAUCAGGGGCAAACCUGGCUCGGGGAAAAGUAUACUAAUGAAUACGUCGAAACAAAUGACAACACUGUUGGAUUGGCAAGGCAGAAAAAGGGGUCUAGGUAGACGGUUGGGUAGGGGAGGUAGGUAGGCAGUCUGGGCCCGUGCAGACGGACCCUUCGACCUACU